AUGCCUCGCCUGCCCCACAUGCCCAGCGCGGUGCCGCGCCGCCGACAUGCUCCUCGGCCCGCUCUUCCGCCCGCUGCUCCACUCCGCGGGCUGGACCUGCCCGACCUGAUGGCAUCGCAGAUGUUGCCGCUCCCGCCGCAGGCCAUGCCGCGCUGGGCGCCCAUUUCGCCGCAAGGUUCCGAUGCGUCGCCCGCGUUCUUCACGCCGAUGUCCAUGGCCAGUUCCUCGCCCAUGGCAACGGCCUCGCUGAACGCGGCGGCGGCUGCCGCCGUGCUUGCGGGCUCGUCGCAGCCCGCCAAGGCGGUGCCGCUCGUCCCCUCCCCGACCGCGUCGACGUGCAGCAGCCAGGUCGCGGCGGGCUGCGACGUCCCCGGCGUGGGCCACGCGGUGCCGAGGUCGUCCUCCCCGAGCCGGGGUACGCGGACGCCGCCGUUCGGCGCGCAGGAGCGUCGGCGCCGCCGAGCCUCCUCUCGGCCGCCCUGCUGGACCUCCGCGGCGGACUGGGCGCCCCGCCGCUGGGACACCGCCCGGGCCAGGACCGCCUGCUCCUUGGCAGCGCCGGCGCAGCGCGGGUCGCUGCCUUGGCACGCGCACGGGCAGGCGCGCGGCGACAGCCCACUACGUAGGCAGGCCGCCCCCGGCCCGCCUCAGCAGGGGUCCCGGACGAGGGGCCGCAGCCUCGAGCUGCCCGCCCACAGCCCGUCGCGGCGCCAGGACAUGCGCAGGAAUGUGUACGUGGUGGCGCCCGGCGGGGGGACAGGCAUGAACGGCGCCGUCUAUGCAGAGCUGGGUCAGGACGGACCCGCGCUUCAGCGUGAACGUCGUGGGCCAGUCCCGGGCCCACUACGACUGUUACCCUGA